AUGAAAGCCCUGGUCGUCGUCGCCACAGCCCUCGUCGGCCUUGGUCUAGCUGCUCCUGCUGGAGAAGCGGCCGACUUGCUCGCGGUCAAGCGCAGCCCCGCGCCGCAGCACACCGACAACCUCUUCAAGGCGGCCAAGGCCUCCUUCCGGGAAAAGGCCGUCAGCGACUCCUUCUACAAGCGCGUCAAGUUAUCAUGGGGGUCGAACCUCAUACACGCCUGUGGUUUUGGCUGCAACGGCCCGCCGUUGGCCGUUCUUAUCAAUGAGUAUGUGGCGUUUUUGAAUAUUUAUCUCAGCAAGGGUCAGGAUGAAAAAGCUUCCGACGCCAUGACCCAGUUCGCGCUGGAGGGCUCAAACCCGGAUCACCCGGUCGUAAACGAGCUUCUCUGGCAGACAAUCAUCCAGAUUUCAAAGAAGAUGCAAGUGUACAUGGUGAAGGCGGCGGCCGGAGCGGUCGAAGAUUCCGAAUAG